AUGUCUGUCCUGGGGACCGCGUUAGGCUUCUGCAUGAAGACGUUCCGCCCGUACUCAGACGAGAGCCAAUACUACCUCCGCCUGCCAGGAGAGCUGCUGAUGGGGUCGCUUCAGACUGUCUCUCUGCCUCUUAUGGUGACGAGUGUCAUUUUAGGAAUAAUAAACCUGAGAGCGCCCAUGAAGAUCGCUCUGCGUGCGGCCUUCAUCUUUGUCCUCACCACAGUUGUCGCUGUGCUGAUAGGGUUGAUGCUGGUCCUGGUGAUCAAGCCUGGGGCGGCUUACACCGAGGACGAAGACGAUCAGCAGGUGGAGGUAGAGUUCGCCUUCAUGGACUCCUUGAUUGAUCUCGUGAGGAACGUGCUCCCAAGUAACGUGAUGCGGGCUUCCUUCAAAACGUACAAGACUACGAGGCUGCGGUUCGCAAAUCACUCGUUGAACUCUAACUCUAGCCUGAAGACGAAUGACUCUGUUGUGCAACUGGAGGGUCACUAUGUGGACGGCACCAACACGCUGGGCCUGAUCGUGUCUGCCCUUUUGACUGGAGUGACCCUGAAGAGCAUGGGGAAAGUGGCCAGGUUCUGGCCAUUUGGAUUGAUAUCCAUGAUUGCCAGUAAUAUCUUUGCGGUGUAUGACCUGGAAACCAUGCAUAAACUCAGAGAGUUUGUGUUGGUGGUUAUUGUCGGACUCCUCAUCCACGGGUGCGUCGCUCUCCCGGCCUUGUACUGCCUACUGGUGAGACAGAACCUGUGGCAUUGCAUCAAGGGCAUUUUCCCUGCCUUAUUGACUGCUCUGAUGAUCUCCUCCAGCUCGGCCACGGUGCCCGUCACUCUGCGAUGCUGCGUGGAGAGAAACGACGUGGACCGGCGAAUCGCCCGCUUCACGCUGCCCAUCGCGACCACCGUCAACAUGGACGGGUCGGCCCUUUACGAGGUGGUCGCCGUCGUCUUCCUCGCCCAGCUCAGCGGCAUCGAACUGGGCUUGAGCAGGGUCAUUGAAAUCAGCGUGUUGGCGGGCAUCUCCAGCCUCAGCGCAGCAGGGAUCCCGGCGACGGGAGCCGUGACCACCCUCUUCGUUCUGGAGGUGGCGGGCUUACCCACGGGGAACGCCUCCAUCUUGUUCGCCGUGGAAUGGAUCCUAGACUGCCUCAACACGGUCGUUAAUGUCUGGUCGGACUGCAUCUGCGUGGAAAUUGUCAACGCCCUGUCCCAAAGGGAACUGGAGGAUAUAGAGCAAGAAGAGCAGACGCCGAGUGAUGACGUCGAGGGACGCGUCACGCCGGGGUCAGCAGGUCAGCAGUGGGCCCAGCAGCAGGACCAGGGUCUCACGCAUCGUGUGUUGGGUUGGCUUCCAGCUGGAGGGGGAGACGCUGCUCCUGGGCAACGAGCUCUCCACCUCCUGCUGGAGCUUCCCAACGCAGCUGGAAAGCAGCGGUGA